AUGUCGGCCUUAACAGAAGAGCAAAGAGUCCCUACCUCUGACGACCGCGACAAGAGAAAGUGUGACGAUUUCACUAGUCUGUACUCUAUGGACGCCGCCGCUGCAGUUACCACCCCCCGGUCGCUCCCCGACCCCACAGGGCAGGAGGGUGCCUUCAAGAAGCUCAAACCAGAAAGCAGCUCGCCCGGCAUCUCGCCUCUCUCCUCGUCAUCCACGGGGUCAGGGCCUUCAGGGGGACAUAACCCAUCUGCAGCCACAUGCCCAACUCCAGCAAGACGACGUCACCGAACGACCUUCACCCAGGAGCAGCUAAGGGAACUGGAAACGGCGUUUUCCAAAAGCCACUACCCUGAUAUAUAUUGUCGAGAAGAACUGGCAAGAAUCACCAAACUUAAUGAGGCAAGAAUUCAGGUGUGGUUCCAGAACCGGCGUGCUAAAUACCGCAAACAGGAAAAACAGCUGGCGAAGUCCCUGUCGCCCGUCAUACCCACCUGCAACGGCAUGAUGCGCAACAUCUACCCCACCAACAGCCGCCCCUACGCCUACCCCAGCCCAGCCAACGUAAACAUGAACACCAUGACUCGCUACCCUCAGAUGAACUCCGGCUACUCACCAGCCAUGGCGCAGUUCUCCUCGAUGGGAUCUAUGCCGAGUUCCAACAUGGCAUCCAUGGCCAUGCCACGACAGGUGCAGCAGUUCCCCAUGGCCACCGACUACAACCUCGAAAAUCCCGAAGAGGAUUGGUACAACAAAAGUCUGACAGCUCUGCGCAUGAACAACACACAUCCGGGUGCCCUGUCUAACUCAGUGCUACAGUACCAAGCUCAAGUUUAGUUAGCGGCCAUCUUGAAUUCCCACAGACAAUCAUAACUGACGUUGGUGUUUGUGUAACACGUGCCAAAUACAGUUCGGUAUUGGA